UUCUCCUGCUCUCCCUCCCUCCCUCUCGGCUCUCACCACCGGACUCCGCGCUCUUCUCGCUGGCCGCCCCGGGAAUCGCCGGCUGCCACCGCCCAGCCUGUACCCGCCAUCCCCCCAGUGCUUGGGCACCUGUUGGAGGCAGAGACACAGCCAAGGGUGCUGCAUGAGGGGCCGCAGGGGCGACCGCAUGACCAUCAACAUCCAGGAGCACAUGGCCAUCAACGUGUGCCCCGGGCCCAUCCGGCCCAUCCGGCAGAUCUCUGACUACUUCCCCCGCCGGGGACCAGGACCCGAAGGCGGGGGCAGGGAUUUCAGGGAGGCCCCUGCUCGUCUGGCCCCCCUGGCCCUGGCCCCCCCUGCAGCCCUCCUUGGGGCCACCACGCCCGAGGAGGGAGCCGAGGUGGACAGCUACGACUCGGAUGAUACCACCGCCCUGGGCAUGCUGGAGUUUGACCUUCUCUACGACCAGGCCUCCUGCACUCUGCACUGUAGUAUCCUCAGGGCCAAGGGCCUCAAGCCCAUGGAUUUCAAUGGCCUGGCCGACCCCUACGUCAAGCUGCACCUGCUGCCUGGAGCCUGCAAGGCCAAUAAGCUAAAAACUAAGACUCAGAGGAACACGCUGAAUCCCGUGUGGAAUGAAGAUCUGACGUACAGUGGGAUCACGGAUGAUGACAUCACCCACAAGGUGCUCAGGAUCUCCGUCUGUGACGAGGACAAGCUGAGCCACAAUGAAUUCAUUGGGGAGAUCAGAGUACCCCUCCGCCGCCUCAAGCCUUCACAGAAGAAACAUUUUAACAUCUGCCUUGAGCGCCAGGUCCCGCUGGCUUCACCCUCCUCCAUGUCAGCAGCGCUGAGGGGCAUCUCCUGUUACCUGAAGGAGCUGGAACAGGCAGAGCAGGGCCCCGGGCUGCUGGAAGAGCGUGGGCGCAUCCUGCUGAGUCUCAGCUACAGCUCUCGGCGCCGGGGGCUGCUGGUGGGCAUCGUGCGCUGCGCCCACUUGGCCGCCAUGGACGUCAAUGGCUACUCCGACCCCUACGUCAAGACGUACCUGAGGCCUGACGUGGAUAAAAAAUCCAAGCAUAAAACGUGUGUGAAGAAGAAGACUCUCAAUCCAGAAUUUAACGAGGACUUCUUCUACGAGAUGGAGCUCUCUGCUCUGGCCACCAAGACUCUGGAAGUCACAGUCUGGGACUAUGACAUCGGCAAAUCCAACGACUUCAUCGGUGGCGUGUCCCUGGGGCCUGGGGCUCGGGGAGAGGCCCGGAAGCACUGGCGUGACUGUCUGCAGCAGCCGGACGCAGCCCUGGAACGCUGGCACACCCUCACCAGCGAGCUGCCCCCUGCGGCCGGGGCUCUGCCCUCGGCCUGAGCGGGACCACACCUGCCCAGCACAGGGCCCCCCCCUCCCCCAGGGCCAGGUCCAGUACCCAACCUUCGCACGAGUGUGUUGCACGUUUACACGGGGUGGAAGCCCCGCCCCCCACUACCUGUCUUAUUUUGUGAGAGUCUGCGUGACCGUG